AUGUCUAUUUUGAAAGAUGCAAUUACGAAGCUUCACACCGAGGCGUCGUUUAUGGAGCUUGCGAGUGAAUUAGGCCUACGAGAUCCGUUAGCUUGUGAGGAGACAGCUAUUGUUGAGGGUACUCCGGUAGCUCGAUGGCUUUAUGAAAAAUGCAGCCUUCGCGCAAAUAUUGAAGAAAUGCGCUUCGACGUUGGAGAUGAAUUCGCUGGCAGAAGGAAGCCGAAGCUUAUAUUCAUGACACGAGAGCCUAGGAAGUAG